AUGGCGAGCGCAGCGUCCCAGUGCCUGCUGCCGCCGGGCCGCGCGCCCCCGCCGCCGCGCUACGAGCCGCUGAAGGAAGAGCACGAGCUGCUGCCGCCGCCGCCGCCCCUCGAGGGCUGCACCGUGGUGCACGUGGGCCCGCAGGUCUCCGCCGCGCCGGCCCGGGACCACAUCGCCUGGUCCAUCUUCACCACCAUGUACUUGAACUUCUGCUGCCUGGGGGUCAUGGCCCUGGCCUUCUCCGUCAAGGCACGGGACCGCAAAGUGAUUGGUGACCAUAACGGUGCUCACAGCUAUAGCUCCACUGCCAAGUGCCUGAAUAUCACGGCCUUGAUGCUCAGCCUCCUACUCAUCUUCCUGUUCAUCCUGAUUACUACGAAGGUUAUUGCUUUUUGA